UGACCAACGAGUGAGGAUCGCGAACGUUGGAACGGAGUAAAUGUGACUGUUAAGCGUCUUCAAGUUGUAACCCCAAGGAGAACGGCUGUUCGGAUUAAAAGAGAAGUGACAAAAUAUAAUUUUGAUAAAAUGUACUCUGCACGGGUCGGCAUUGUGUUGCUGCUUUCUUGGGCCAGUAUUAUGUGCCUUGUCGAAGGUCAAAGACUCGCGGUGCAAAAGUGCAAUGAGUACCGGAAGAUUACAAUCACUGAGCAAACACUGAUCCCACUAACCCUCUACCCAACGGCGAUCAAGUUCGAAAGCAACAACUGCACCAACGUCGUACAGCUUAUCGUCGGCGGGGAGGCUGCGCGAUACGGCGAGUUCCCGCACCAUGCGCUGCUGGGCUACCGGAAGGAGGGGGGCAGCAAAUGGGAUUUCGAUUUCCGAUGCGGUGGAACGCUGAUCAGCGAUAGGCAUGUGCUGACGGCGGCCCAUUGCUUUAAGGAAGAGGAACCGACAGUGGUACGGCUUGGAGAGUAUGACACGACGUACUCAGACCACCAAGAGUACCAGGUGGACAUUCAGCAGGGGGGUAUUCGAAAGCACCCGGAAUACAAAAAUUCUCGCUCGUACCAUGAUAUUGCGCUGGUGAAACUCGCAAAUAAAGUGGUAUUUUCGAAGUUUAUCCGUCCGGCGUGUCUUUGGGAUACGGAGUAUCGCAACACCUCCCGGUAUAUUGCCACCGGGUUCGGCUACAAUGAAACGCUCAGCGGCGUCCUUUCGACGAAAAUGAUGAAGGUACAGCUCGACGAGUUUCCGGUGGAAAGCUGUGUCGAAUCCUUCAAGUUCAAUCCCCGCUUCCGUGCAGGCAUUCAGGACGGCCAGCUGUGUGUCGGUAGUAUUGUGGAGGGCCGCGACACAUGCCAAGGAGACUCCGGAGGUCCACUGCAGACGGUGACCAGUCCGAACACUUGCAUGUAUCACAUAGUCGGCAUCACAUCGACCGGUAGUGCGUGUGGCAUCGGUCAGGCGAAGGCAAUCUACACCAAGGUGUCGUAUUACAUCGAUUGGAUCGAGGACAACGUCUGGGGUUCGAAUGCAUUCUAACCAGCGGUGUGUUAAGUGUCCUGGAAUUUGAUGUGAACUACCCUGUGAACCCUCUGUUGAUGUAGUUGGCAAGUGCAUCAAUUGACCGCUUUUUCUCAAGACACAAUAAAAAAGGCCAUGUUUAGAAGUU